CCACACUGUCCUGACGGUGCACACACCACUGUGUGGAGGAACAGAGGAGUCCAGCUGGCCGUCGCAUGGCAGGGAUCAGAGUCACUAAGGUGGACUGGCAGCGGUCAAGGAAUGGCGCUGCCCACCACACCCAGGAGUACCCCUGCCCUGAGCUAGUGGUUCGCAGGGGCCAGUCGUUCAGCCUCACGCUGGAGCUGAGCAGAGCCCUGGACUGUGAGGAGACCCUCAUCUUCACGGUGGAGACAGGACCCCGGGCUUCUGAGGCCCUCCACACCAAAGCUGUGUUCCAGACAUCGGAGCUGGAGCAGAGUGAGGGCUGGACAGCAGCAAAGGAGGCUCAGAUGGAGAACACUCUGACCGUCAGUCUCGCCAGCCCUCCCAAUGCUAUCGUUGGCCGCCACUUGCUGAGCAUCAGGCUUUCCUCUCACCGCAAACACAGCAACCGGAGGCUGGGCGAGUUUGUUCUCCUUUUCAACCCAUGGUGUGCAGAGGAUGAUGUGUUUCUGGCCUCAGAGGAGGAGAGACAGGAGUACGUGCUCAAUGACAGCGGCAUCAUCUUCCGAGGCGUGGAGAAGCACAUACGAGCCCAGGGCUGGAACUACGGGCAGUUUGAGGAGGACAUCCUGAACAUCUGCCUCUCCAUCCUGGAUCGAAGCCCCAGUCACCAAAACAACCCAGCCACCGACGUGUCCUGCCGCCAUGACCCCAUCUACGUCACCAGGGUCAUCAGCGCCAUGGUGAACAGCAACAAUGACCGAGGUGUGGUGCAAGGACAGUGGCAGGGCAAGUACGGCAGCGGCACCAGCCCACUGCACUGGCGCGGCAGCGUGGCCAUUCUGCAGAAGUGGCUCAAGGGCAGGUACAAGCCAGUCAAGUACGGCCAGUGCUGGGUCUUCGCGGGAGUCAUGUGCACAGUCCUCAGGUGCUUGGGGAUAGCCACACGGGUCGUGUCCAACUUCAACUCAGCCCACGACACAGACCAGAACCUGAGCGUGGACAAAUAUGUGGACUCCUUCGGGCGGACUCUGGAGGACCUGACAGAAGACAGCAUGUGGAAUUUCCAUGUCUGGAAUGAGAGCUGGUUUGCCCGGCAGGACCUAGGCCCCUCUUACAAUGGCUGGCAGGUUCUGGAUGCCACCCCCCAGGAGGAGAGUGAAGGUGUGUUCCGGUGCGGCCCAGCCUCAGUCACCGCCAUCCGCGAGGGCGAUGUGCACCUGGCCCACGAUGGCCCCUUCGUGUUUGCGGAGGUCAACGCUGACUACAUCACCUGGCUGUGGCAUGAGGAUGAGAGCCGGGAGCGUGUAUACUCGAACACAAAGAAGAUUGGGAGAUGCAUCAGCACGAAGGCAGUGGGCAGUGACUCCCGCGUGGACAUCACCGACCUCUACAAGUAUCCAGAAGGGUCCCGGAAAGAGAGGCAGGUGUACAGCAAGGCGGUGAAGAGGCUGUUCGGCGUGGAAGCCUCUGGAAGGAGAACCCGGACCCGCAGGGCUGGGGGGCGCUGUCUCUGGCGUGACGACCUCCUGGAGCCUGCCACCAAGCCCAGCAUCGCUGGCAAGUUCAAGGUGCUAGAGCCUCCCAUGCUGGGCCACGACCUGAGACUGGCCCUGUGCUUGGCCAACCUCACCUCCCGGGCCCAGCGGGUGAGGGUCAACCUGAGCGGUGCCACCAUCCUCUACACCCGCAAGCCAGUGGCAGAGAUCCUGCAUGAAUCCCACGCCGUGAGGCUGGGGCCGCAAGAAGAGAAGAGAAUCCCAAUUACAGUAUCUUACUCUAAGUAUAAAGAAGAUCUGACAGAGGACAAGAAGAUCCUGUUGGCUGCCAUGUGCCUUGUCACCAAAGGAGAGAAGCUUCUAGUGGAGAAGGACAUUACUCUAGAGGACUUCAUCGCCAUCCAGGUUCUGGGUCCAGCUGUGGUGGGAGUGGCAGUUACGGUGGAAGUGACAGUAGUCAACCCCCUCUUAGAGAGAGUGAAGGACUGUGCGCUGAUGGUGGAGGGCAGCGGACUUCUCCAGGAACAGCUCAGCAUCGAUGUGCCCACCCUGGAGCCUCAGGAGAGGGCCUCAGUCCAGUUUGACAUCACCCCCUCCAAGAGUGGCCCAAGGCAGCUGCAGGUGGACCUUGUAAGCCCUCACUUCCCGGACAUCAAGGGCUUUGUGAUCGUCCAUGUGGCCACUGCCAAGUGAUGGAUCAUGAGGGACUGAGAGGGGUGGAUUCGGACCCUGUCCUCCUCUUGCCCAUUCUUUGUCUCUUCCACACGGGAACCAAGAGUCCUCAGUUAAUCCUGCUUCAACCU